CUUCAUUGCACGUAAUGUUCAUUGUAGUCAAACAUAAAAGUCAGCCCUAUGAUCAAAUGCUAUGCUUUGUGUAAUCGGGCUCUGGUAUAUGGCUAAACUCCUUUGAAAAGUAAUCGGCACAAUUCAGGAGUACAUUGGCAAAAAGCACUUUGAUGCAUUUACAUGAUUGUUAGUUGGACAUAGUUGUAUAACAUUCAGGUGAGCAUUGUUUUGUAUCGAGUUGUUGAUGGAAAUUGAUCUGAGACAAUUAUCAAGAAAGAAGGUGUAAACCCUGGGCCAAGAUGGGUUCCCUGUACCGCAGCGAGCAGAUGUGCUUAGCCCAGCUGUUCUUGCAGUCUGAGGCUGCUUAUGCAUGUGUAGCAGAGCUUGGGGAGUUAGGCCUGGUCCAAUUUAGAGAUUUGAAUCCAGAUGUGAAUGCUUUCCAGCGAAAAUUUGUCAAUGAAGUAAGGCGAUGUGAUGAGAUGGAAAGAAAGCUACGUUAUCUUGAGAAGGAGAUCCUGAGAGCUGAUAUCCCUGUCCUGGACACAGGAGAGAACCCUGAUGCUCCUGCUCCAAGGGAGAUGAUUGACCUAGAGGCGUGCUUUGAAAAGCUUGAGAAUGAACUGAAGGAAGUGAACACCAACCAGGAAGCCCUCAAGAGAAACUUCCUAGAACUGACUGAACUCAAGCACAUCCUGAGGAAGACUCAGCAUUUCUUUGAUGAGCAAUUGCUGAGCUUGUCAACGGCUGAAUUCCACCACCAGCAGAUGCACGAUGGAGACGGCAUGGAGGAGGCCCACAAGCUUCUUGGAGACGAUGGACCGAGGAUGGGACAGCCAAUGAGACUCGGAUUUGUUGCUGGGGUGAUCCAGCGAGAACGCAUCCCCGCCUUUGAGCAGAUGCUUUGGCGUGUCUGCCGUGGUAACGUGUUUCUCCGUCAAGCUGAGAUAGAUGCCGCCUUGGAAGACCCAAGCACCGGUGACCAAGUCCAGAAGUCUGUCUUCAUCAUCUUCUUCCAAGGGGACCAACUCAAGAGCAGAGUCAAGAAGAUAUGUGAAGGGUUCCGUGCUACCCUGUACCCUUGCCAUGAGACCCAGGCAGAGCGAAGGGAGACGGCCAUUGGAGUCAUGACAAGGAUAGAGGAUCUACAAGUGGUUCUUAGCCAGACCGAGGAGCAUCGUCAGCGCGUCCUGGUCUCUGCCGCCAAGAACGUCCGGGUGUGGUUCAUCAAGGUCCGCAAGCUCAAAGCCAUCUACCACACCCUCAACCUCUUCAAUCUGGACGUCACCCAGAAAUGCCUUAUUGCAGAGUGUUGGUGUCCUGUGUCUGAUCUGGACAAGAUCCAAAUGGCCCUCAGACGAGGCACUGAGAGAAGUGGCUCGACAGUACCAUCCAUCCUGAAUCGCAUGGAGACCAGUGAAGACCCACCAACGUACAACAAGGUCAACAAGUUUACCACUUGCUUCCAGAGUUUGGUCGAUGCGUACGGCGUCUGCACCUACGGAGAGGUCAAUCCAGCUCCUUUCACCAUUAUCACCUACCCAUUCCUCUUCUCCAUCAUGUUUGGUGAUCUUGGUCAUGGCUUCAUCAUGUUUCUCUUUGGUCUGUGGCUGGUGGUGAGAGAGAAGCAGCUUCAUGCCUCCCUGGCCAACCAUGAGAUGUUUGGCACUGUGUAUGGCGGAAGGUACAUACUGAUGAUGAUGGGCAUGUUCUCAGUUUAUACCGGCUUCAUCUACAAUGACUGCUUCUCCAAAUCAUUCAACAUUUUUGGAUCGUCUUGGAAUGUAUCUGCUGCGGGAUACUCUGAUCAUCUCCUAGAACAGGACAUUUCCCUUAUCUUGGAUCCCAAGACCACUUUUGAAGGAGCGGAUCCUUAUCCGUUUGGAGUCGAUCCAAUUUGGCAGCUGGCAGCCAAUAAGAUCAAUUUCCUGAACUCUUUCAAGAUGAAGAUGUCCGUCAUUUUUGGAAUUAGUCAGAUGUUGUUUGGAGUUUGCCUCAGUCUCUUCAAUCAUAUCCACUUCAAGAAAACCAUCAACAUCUGGUGCGAGUUUGUACCCCAAAUAAUCUUCAUGGUGUCCAUCUUUGGGUACCUGGUUUUCCUCAUCUUCUACAAGUGGCUCUUCUUCAACGUAUAUAACAUGCACGGUGCCCCCAGUCUCAUCCUCACCCUCAUCAAUAUGGGCCUCAUGGCUCCGCCCGAUCCGGAAAUGUUCGAGGGACAGGCGGAACUACAGAAGUUUUUGAUCCUCGUAGGCUUUGCAUGCAUCCCAUGGAUGUUGCUGCCUAAACCUUUGAUUAUGAGGGCACAGCAUAACAGGAAAGUCAACAAGGCUGUCAUGUAUCGUGAUGUACGUAUGCUGUCUGGGAAGAGUGAGGAGACAGCCGAGGUGUUACAUCAUGAUGAACUUGAAGCAGAAACAAGUGGUGCUACGCAUACCUCUCCAAAGGAUGAGUUUGACUUUGGAGAAACUUUUGUCUACCAAGCUAUUCACACCAUCGAGUAUUGCCUGGGAUGUAUUUCUCAUACAGCUUCUUAUCUACGACUCUGGGCUCUCAGCUUGGCCCAUGCUGAGCUGUCUGAAGUGCUAUGGAAUAUGAUGUUGGCUAUAGGUCUGAGAAUGAACGGCUAUGUAGGAGCGUUUGCCAUCUGGGCCAUCUUCGCUGUAUGGGGUGUCCUGACCAUCAGUAUCCUCCUGUUCAUGGAGGGCCUCUCUGCCUUCCUUCAUACUCUACGACUUCACUGGGUCGAGUUCCAGAGCAAGUUCUUCAAAGGAGAAGGAUACGCCUUCAUCCCUUUCUCCUUUGAUAUCAUUCUCCAGACGAACGAAGAGUGAUUCCUCAUCAGCAUACAUCUCAAUUCAUCUUAUCCUGAUACAGUCAAAUCAGGGCCUCAUGACAUAAUGCCAAACAAUUGAUCUUAGUGCCGAUUUGUACAAUUGAUUGUAUUAAUUAUUGUCUAUGAUCAAUCAUAGAUAUCAGCCUUAUGAUCAAUUGCUAAGCUUUAUGUUAUGAUGUCCAGGGUUGAAGAUACAGUACAUGACCCUGUCUGAAUGGAGAAACUUACAUUAGGGCCCUGUAACAUAAAGCUUAGCGAUUGAUCGUGAGACUGAUCGAUUACAUUGAUUAUUGUGUAUGAUCAAUCAUAGAUACCAGCAUUAUGAUCAAUUACAAAGCUUCAUACUGGGUCCAGGGUUAAAGAUACGCGACCCUGUCUUAAUGGAGAAACUUACAUCAGGGGCCCGUAACAUAAAGCUUGGUGAUUUGUUGUGGUGCUGAUUCCUAUGAUUGAUUGCAUUGAUUGUUGUGUAUAAAUCAAUCGUGGAAAUCAGCUCCAGGAUCAAUCGCAAAGCUUUGUGUUACGGGGCCUGUCUAUAAAGACCACAAGUUUUGUUUCCUUGGAAUAGUUUUCCACAUUUAAGACCCUUUUUGAUCUACAUGUGGUUUAUACACAUGUUUCAUGGUAGUACAAUGUGCUUUGCUAUAUAGUACAUGUAUUUGGCUUAUACCACAUGCUUCAAAUUUGUGUAGGGCUACUUAUCAAUCAAUUGUAGAUCGUGGUUUGCAAUAGAUCAAUCAAUAGAUUGAU